GGCAUGAUUUACCAGAUCUUGGACCUGUCUACACCUCUACCUCCCGUGGCACCUCACCCGCACCGAGCGUCCCACUUCUCUGAGGUCUGGUCGUGGGCAUUGCGGACCACCCGAGCGCCCACGCUGUCCUCCCACCCUCCGUCCUCCUCCAAGGUCGACGCUCUGGUGUCCGAAUUCGUGGAGGGAGUCACCGUCAGGACAUCUACCCGCUCCCCCCUCACGGACACGACGACACCGACCACCGUCGGGACCUCUCCCAGCUCGACGCAUCUUCCCGACCAGCCCCCCGAGACCGAGGCGUACGAAACUUGGCACAUCUCCGAGCGGUUAACGCCCGACCCCACCGUAGUGACGGAGGUGCUCACCAACCCGGUGGAAGCUCCCUCAGCUACUCUGCCGAAGAGCUCAGAUACCACCAUGGUGACCCCAUCGCCACCCGGAUUUCACCUCAAGACCGUGACUCAACCCGAGACAGCCAGACGCGCUUUGACGCCGCCACCGCUGUCUCCGUCGACGACCAUCUUCAACCAGGCAGCGGCCACUGGCGGGGCGACCACGGCGUGGAAGUUGGCGGACAAAACAACCGGCGCCACCGCCCUGCCCACCUGGCGCUGGACGUCAACCGCCAUUCCGCGCCAAACCCGGACGAUGGCGCCCAGCGCCACCACCUUCAUCUCCUCCACAUCCCCUCCGCGCCAGGUCCGGACAAUGGCUCCAACCGCCGCCUUCUCCUCCUCCUCCUCCGCUCCGCGCCAGACCCGGACAAUGGCGCCCACCACCACCACCAUGACCGCGCCCACUGUGAGAAGGACCUCGACGCCACCCGUGCUGGCCCUGACCGCGGCACUAACCUCACUCACCACCGCCGCCGUCAUGAGCACCAGGGGCCUGCGAGCAACGGCCCAGAUCAUGGCCACCGCCGCCGCCGGCAGCAGCAGCAGCCGGUCCACACCCGCCCGAUCCUCACCGACUCCCGGUCUCAACUGCAGGUUGUCGGACAAACUCUGGGUCAGGACAGUGGUGACUUUGUCCUCGAGAAGGGUCCAAACGGAUGCGAUCUUUAAGCAGAACCUGACCCGGGGACUCACCGAGGCUCUCCAGCGAGCUUUCUUCAAUAAUGGUAUUCAUGCCGAGAUCGAAAGCCUCGACAAAAGGAACAAGGUCUUUGUUGGGUUCUACACAGUGAGUGGAAGUGAGGUUUACAUUCCCGCCACGGUGACUGAAGUCAUUGCUGACUACGGCAUCGAGAACCUCAGCCGCGACCUGCAGAGUUACGUCCCGGAUGUUCAAUCAGUCCUCAUCGCUGCCUCACCCUGGGCUCCGCUCCCCGCUCCCUGGUUCCAAUUGAGGACAGUGCUCCAGUUUGUCAGCACCACGGACAUCAUCAAAUUCUGCAGCUUCGUGCAGAUCAUGGAGGCGAGACUACAGAGAGCAUUCGAGGAGGCUGAGUCACGAGCCGCCACCACCGCUAAAAGCAACUUACGAGUUCAGAUAUUGAACACCUCGGUGCUGGACAGAUCCACAGCCGUCACCAUGGUGUACAUGGUGAGGAAUCAGAGUAUGCUACUCAAUGGGACAACAGCCAGCAGCCUAUUGCACCACCUGACCCCCGCUGAGCUGGGAUACUACCUCGCCUACCCGCCCCUGACGCUGGCUGAACCUCUGGAAUACGAUAAUCUGGACACCUCACCAGCGACCGAGAAAUAUUGGGUUGUUACAGUUAUCCAGGGCGUUGACAACACGUCGCUGGGCGAGAGGUACCAGCGCUUCGCCAGCCUCAUGGAGCAGCGGCUGUCCAACCUGUUUGUGGCUGCCCAGCAACACGGGCGACGGUUCCGCCGAGCCUCAACGAUGGGCGCCUACACCGUGCAGCUGGUCAGGAUUAAUCGUCUCUCUGGCCCUAAGAGUCCGGCUGAGUUGACCUACUACGCCCUGGAGGAUGGCAGGGCCUUGCUGGGAACUACAGCUGCCAAGAUCCUCAACACAGUCGACCCGCAAUCCAUGGCCUUGGAGCUCGGCUACCGGGUACAGCUCCAGGCCGAGCCCGUGGUGAAGAACCCUCCCAACAACCUAUGGAUCAUUGCCGCGGUGCUCGCUCCCGUCAGCGUCGUGACUCUGAUCAUCAUCAUCAUCUCCACCGUGCUGUGUCGGAAGAACAAGAGCGAGUUAAAAUCCGAGACCAUGUCCAACCUGCAUCAGAGAGCCAAGCCAGUCCAAGGGUUUGACUACGCCAAGCAGCACAUCGGCCAAUAUGGUGGAGAGGAUGAAGUGGCCAUCACCCAGGAGACGGUGAUCCUACCGAUCGCUGGCCGGGAUGCCACCGUUCCCCAAGAAAGGGAAACAGUCCCGGAGGCAGACAACAACAAAGCUGCAAAAAACAUUGAUAAUCGAAGAAGCAGGUUGCACAGCGAGCAGGACUCCAUCCUCAGCGAGCAGUCAGCAAAUCUCGACUCGACCAGCGACUCUCCGGAGAGAGCCACGGGGCAGCAGAGGACUGCGCAGGAGGGGUUGAAGAAGCAAAAUGGUGAGUCGAGUUUGGACGUGCACUUCCUCCCUUUCUCUCCUCUACCGCCGAGGCGGGAAAUUUGCAAACAAAAAUCACAAACACGCAGGAAUCCAUGGGGAAUGUCUCUUCUGAUCAUUCCUGCAGGUAGCUCAGUGCCAGCGGUUUAUGCUAUACCAGCGAACCGCUCUGGAUUCCCAAAUUACUACAUCCCGGCCCCCGCGCCGUACCGUAACCAUGGCUGGGUCCCUUACAUCGGUGAGGGAGAAGGACCGAACCCUUGGGCAGAGAACGUGACGUUGCCGGGCUACGCGGAAGCCUACUCACACGCUCGCUACCCGCACAGCUCCCCUCCUCACCAGUACAGCCAGACCCAGCCGGCCAACCCGCCGCGGCGCCUAGAGCACGCCCGGUCCCCGUCCACCGCCGUCUCGCAACAGAGCCUGGGGGAAACGGAACCGUGCGAGGCUCCCUACAAUAACAUCUCCACCACUGCCCUGGUGAAGGCCAUCAGGGAGGAGGUGGCCAAACUGGCCAAGAAGCAGACGUGCAUGUUCGAGUUCCAGGUCUAGGAAGUCUCUCCCAACAAGACCAUUCCCAGAAACUGUUCCUUCCGGGGGGCCAUCGGGAAUAGCCCAUGGAUUUCCAACUGGGUCAUCUUGGCCAGAGCUAGAACGAAGACUAAUAUAACUGCUGUAUGGAUUUGGGCCAUUGUUUUAAGCGUGAGGAGCCAGUUCAUCGGGUACAUUGGUCCAUUGGGAGAAUCUCCACCAACCCAAGCUGCGUUUCAUCCCGGUCCUGUCAUUGGAGUAUAAAGUUUAACCUGAGACCGCUGCGUUCCUGGAAUCUGGGAGGACUCCGAUGAAUCUUCAAGAGGGUCACGUUUGCGGAAAGCAGAUGUGCAAAAGGUCAAAACUAAGUUGAGAAAGGUGACCUUGAGCAUGAGGAAGGCAACAAAAUGGCAACUUAAAAAAAAGUCAUAACUGUGCCAAACAUUUGAACAAACCCAUUAGACAGGGAGUUCUGGCAGUUGUAGAACCUCCGCGACUUGUUGAUAUCAGGCAUAUCCUGCAGGAGGCUCAUUUGGGAACUCAAACUUCAUUGACGCCAGUGUCACACGCGGACAACUCCAUCUGACGUGGCAAGCUAGUGAGACAAUUCCUCCCAUUUUAAUGGAAGCCCAGAGGCUGAAGCAUUGCUCCUCUCUAUCUGCGAUCCCCAGUCAACUUGCAGCUGCGGAUGCCAAGGGUGUGCUUGUUACGAGGAGCCGGUGGGAGGCAUGGUGUGAAGAUGGAUCACUAGGGUUCAUUUGCACAAGCACUGGGAGACGUGAUUCAGGUGGACAACAAUAGCCUCCAAUGAUACACUGGGUACCUGUCGCAACUUGUAAAUCCCGUCGCCUUCCCUUCAACAAACAAUGAACUGGUCUUGGAAAUGGCACCAAAGUUUGCACUUUACGGGCCAACCAUGGCUUAGAUGUGAAGUGUUUCAUUCGUGGCAUCCCAGUGCAAUGUUUAAAGGGCAAUGCUGAAUAUCAAAGUUUUCGGGAAGCAGUUGGAACCUAAUCCUUUGGGAAAGACUCUGAAGGGUCCAACAUGGGCAAAGGGGGCAUAGUAUACUGAAACGCCAUGGGGCAAUUGAAUGACAGAACAACCUUGAUGAUGUGAAUGACAUUCUGCUGUUACUUGAUGGGCAAGGUGGCUAAAUCUGCCAAAGGGGUGGGGGGGGGGGGG